UUCUCUAUUAUUUCACUUCAAAUCAUUAGAUUCUUACACAACACAACAACGAACUAGCUCCCAAGCAUAAGCUUUAUCUUCUUUUAGCUUUGUCUUUGGCACCUUUCUCUCUCGAUAUCUCUCUCUGUCUAUAUAUAUAAUGCAAAUGACUGAGAGAGGCCGAGCCAUGUGGCGCACGUGCCUAGCCUCAGCGUUCAGAACAGCUCUAGCUUGCACUUUCGUUGGCGCAGCUACACUCUACGGCCCCGAAUGGAUCAACCGCCACGUAGCAUUCCCGGCCUUCUCUUACGUCACGGUUAUCCUCAUCAUCACCGACGCUACACUCGGAGACACGCUACGUGGCUGCUGGCUAGCUCUUUACGCCACGUGUCAGAGCGUUGGCCCUGCGAUCGUCACGUUGAAGCUUAUAGGACCAGCUCGUCUCACGGCCGAAACCACUGCUCUCGCCGCGGCUCUAGCUGCGUUCGUGGUGGUUCUGCCUAAUAGUUCGACCCACUUGGUGGCUAAGAGAAUCGCUUUAGGCCAAAUCGUUCUCAUUUAUGUUAUUGGUUAUAUUAAAGGAGCUGAGACUGAUCCGGUCAUGCACCCUCUCCGAGUCGCGGCUAGUACCGCGCUUGGUGUUUUAGCUUGCGUUCUUGCACUUCUCCUCCCACUUCCUCGCUUGGCUACUUGUGAGGUGAAACAAAGCUGCAAAGAGGUUGGUCAAAAUGUAACGACGAGAGUGAAGUUGUACAUGAAGGCUUUUUGCACCGAGGAUGCUAUGUCAGCAACGGCGUCAGUCUCACAGGCUAGAGUGUUGGCUCGUUCUUCCUCCAAGCUUUAUCAAAAACUCAAACGUUACGAACCAAGCAUGACAUGGGAGAGGCUACCGUUUAAGAUAUGGAGGUGGCAAAACGUGAAUGAUAACAAAGGAGAGAAACUACAGAGCAUGGAGAUUGCUCUUAGAGGAAUGGAAAUGGUAGUAGCAAGCAAAUCUCCUAUUCCUUCGAGUUUACUUGAGGGUGAAGUCAAAGAAGAUCUCAAGAAUAUACAAGAACGUGUGAUUCUUUCAAUCAAACGAGUAAACAAUAGUCCGCAACCAUCGGUAACACCAGAAUCCGAUACAGAAAAAUCAGAUGAGUGCCUCCAAACACUUCAGGAGAUCCCGGGAACGCCUCAAGAUUUGCCGUUUUACUUCUUCUUGUUCUGCCUCAGGCUCCUUGAAACCAUCAUAAUAGCUAAACCGGAGGAGAACAAAGUCAAGGUCUUAGAAAAAUCCAAAACGAAGUUUUGGUUAAGUGAUUGGGACAGCAAGAAGGUUAUGCCAGCGUUGAAGCUUUCGCUUUCGUUAGGUUUAGCGAUUUUGCUAGGUUCAAUAUUUAGUAAGCCAAACGGAUAUUGGGCUGGUUUACCAGUAGCUGUCAGCUUCGCAGCGGCAAGAGAGGCAACGUUUAAAGUGGCGAACGUGAAGGCACAAGGGACAGUGAUAGGAACAGUGUAUGGAGUGAUGGGUUGUUUUGUCUUUCAGAAGUUUUUGCCAGUUAGGUUUCUAUCUUUGCUUCCAUGGUUUCUCUUCUCUAGCUUCUUGAGCAGGAGCAAGAUGUACGGACAGGCCGGAGGGAUAUCGGCGGCUAUAGGAGCCGUUUUGAUCCUCGGAAGAAAGAAUUUUGGGCCACCAAGCGAGUUCGCGAUUGAGAGAAUCAUCGAGACUUUUAUUGGGUUGUCUUGUUCGAUCAUGGUGGAGCUUGUCUUUCAACCAACAAGAGCCGCUAACAUAGCUAAACUUGAGCUCUCUAGAAGCUUCCACGCUUUGUACGAGUGUGCAAGCUUGUUUGGAGCUAAAGCGAGUAAAGCAGAGAUAAUGGAGAGUCAAAAGAAGUUGAGAAGUCACUUAAAUGAGCUCAAGAAGUUCACGGCAGAAGCCCAUGCAGAGCCAAGUUUCUGGUUUUCGCCUUUCAACUUCUCUUGCUACGAGAAGCUGUUCAAGUCACUAUCAAAAAUGGCUGAUUUAUUGCAAUUCAGCGGUUACGCCAUAGGCUUUCUUGGAGAACAAGGAAAAGAUAAAUCACCUCAGUGCAAGGAGAUUCUAAGCACCGUAGACAAAGAUCUCAAGAGUCUAACAGGGAGCAUAGGUCUUCUAGCAAAAUCAUACGAGGAGAUCACACUCCUCAAAUCACUCGACGCCCUCGAACAAGCCCUAGCCAAGAGCGACAACACCUCAUGGGACAUUGAGCUAGGGAAGACACCAAACCCUAGCUUCUCAACAGCCGUGAGCGAGCCGGAGAAGAUUUUAGAGACAUAUCUCCAGCAUUGCAGAAGCGUGGCUGAAGGAAUAUUCCGUGUGGAAGAAGGAGAAGGAGACGAGGUUAAAGUGGACAAGAGUGAGGUCGUGUUGAGUUUGAGCGCAUUAGGGUUUUGUGUGGAGAGGAUUGGGAAAGAGACAAGAGAGAUUGAGGAAAUGGUUAAAGAGGUUGUUCAAUCAGAGAACCCUUCAAGCCAUGUUAACUUGCAUGAGAUCUCUUGCAAAAUACGUUCUUUGUACAAAUGAUGAUGCUUUGUAUCUCUUCUCAUUGAUAAACAACAAUGACGUGUGAAAGAAGGAAACGUUUGUUUUUGUGUUUACCUUUCUCUCUUUUCUGUAAAAAUAAGGCUUUGUGGUUUAACCGGUUUAUACCAAUACCAACAAUAACAAAUUAAAUACCAAUUGUGUGAA